AUGAAGGGUCUGAGUGGCAUACUUGCAGACGCCUAUGCGACAUGGCUUUCGCCCCUCACAAACUGCUGCGCUCCAUUUUCUGACUCCGUAGAAGAGAAGCCGCGUCAAAACACCUUUGUCAUUUCUGAGAAACUGUCACCACCACACACCGUAACCCGCAACCAGCCCGUGCCCAUGCCGCCGCCUUUUGCUGGGACAACAAUGCAAAGGUCAGCCGGACCUCGCCCGCAGCCGCAGGGGAAGUCGAAAGGAGUGAAGAGAAGUUUCGCGUCGCUCCGGGAGCGGUUCUCUGUGAGAAAGCGAUCUCGCUCAGACUCCUCGUCCUCCUCAUCGCGCCGACUACAAAUAUCGGCCCCCAGCAACUUUCGCCAUCUGCAUUCAGAGUCUUUUCAGUUCCCCCAGUAUUCGAACCUCCAGCACGUCGGCCGGACCCCGCCACCGCGUCCCAUGCCGCGACCUCGCCCUUCUUCCUUCAGGCCGCUGGAGCUCAGCAUAUACGUGCACAAGAGGGAGCUCUCGCCGAUUCUGCCGCACUUUGACAUGCUUACGCCGCCGCCGCGGCCUGCUGCUCAGGUCCAUGUCCGGCCGAAUCCCGACGACGAUGUAUUCGGACCCUCGCAUGAGCCCAACUAUUCCCCCAUGUCGUUCCAUUUGCCCCGGAAGAUGUCGGCGUCGCCAUCCACCCUCGCUACCAUGGCCAGCGAUACGCCCCCGAAAAUUCCGCCAAAGUCGAGGGCCCGGUCUCAGACGUCAUCCAGCGCGAGCGCCGAGAGGAUGAAGGAGCGGAUUGCCGGAGCCAUGCUUGAGGUCGACAAGCUCCAGCGCGAAAUCGAGCUAGUCAUGGAGCGUCAGAGCAUCUACGCCAGCAGCCGGCCUUCGACUGCCCAUUCGAUGGCACUGACAGCGCACGACCUGGAACCCAUCCCCACGGUCCCCGCCCUCCCGCCAUCUGCACCCUCUUUCGCCGAGCGCCUCAACCCCGGGGCCGAGCGCCCUCACACGGCACCACCCCGGCCGCCGGUGCACAUUCCCCACCGCGGCACGGCCUUCGCCGACGCAUCGGCCGCCUUCAUCACCCCACCCCCGAGCCGCGGCAGAGAAAGCAACCGGCCGCCGCCCCCACCCCCACUACCCCUCGUCCUGAGACCCCCCCUCCGCAAGAAGAAAUCAUUCUCCCGGGUAUCCAGCUGGCUUUUCCCCGGCGGAGGCAACGCAGCAGAGCAGCAUACUAAUCACCACGGACGGAGCAUCAGCCACGAUUCCAUCACUAAUUUUCCCCGCCCCGUCAAGGGCCGCGAGGGCUUCUACCAGUGUGUCCAUGCGCCGCGGGACAGGCGCACGAGCGUGGGCACGGCGUCGACUGUGUCGACGUGGGAGGAGUCGGACGACGACACGGGAGGAGGCCAGACUGUCCCGACGACGACGUGGUCGCCAGGCAGCACCCUCGCCACUAGAGCGGAGGAGCAGCAACCACCUCUGGAGCGCGUCACUACGUUUGGGAAGGAAAAAGAUGCCGGUGGUCCUAGAAGGACCGGCUUCGCGGCGGUGUUUUGA